AUAACACUAAUACUUAAUUUCUCCACAAUAAACUCCAUCCAUCUUUGAAGACACAUCACAUUCUAAAAGACAUGACUGAGAAGUUCCUUUUUCAAUUACAAUCCAUUAUUAUACUCUUUCUCUUUGUUUUCAUUGUCAAUCUAUGGAUCCAGAAGCUCUUGAGAAUCAAGAGCAAGGAGCCUCCUCAGCCGUCCGGCGCCUUGCCGGUGAUCGGCCACCUUCACUUGCUACGCUCCAGCAAGCCACUAUACCAAGUGCUCGGUGACAUGGCCGACAAGCAUGGCCCGGCUUUCAUCCUCCGGCUAGGCUCCCGCCGCACGCUGGUCAUCAGUGGUUGGGAAUUAGCCAAAGAAUGCUUCACCAUCAAUGACAAAGCUCUGGCUGCCCGGCCAACCAACGCCGCCAGUAAACACAUGGGCUACAACUCCGCCAUGUUUGGCUUUGCUCCUUAUGGUUCUUACUGGCGUUCUAUCCGCAAGAUCGCCACUACUGAGCUCCUCUCCAACGCUCGCCUUGACAUGCUCAAGCAUGUCAUUUUGGCAGAGAUUGAUACUUGCAUUAAAGAACUUCACAAGCUCUGUAGUGACAAUAAUAAUAACAACAGGGUUGACAUGAAGAAAUGGUUUGGAGACUUGAAUUUCAACAUAAUGCUCCAAAUGGUGGCAGGAAAACGGUUCUUUGGCUCCGGUGGUGUCUCCGAUGAGGCUUGGAGGUUUAGGAAAGCAGUUAACGUGUUCUUUAACCUUCUCUUUGUCUCUGUCCCAUCAGACAUGUUCCCAUGGCUUGAGUGGAUGGAUCUCGGUGGUUAUGUGAAGGCAAUGAAAGCUGCAGCGAAGGAGAUGGAUUCAGUAAUGGUUAAGUUAGUAGAGGAGCACAAGGAGAGAAGAGCUUCAGGGGUUACCACCGGACAUACAGACUUCAUGGAUGUGAUGCUUUCCAUCAUAGAAGAUGACCAUGAUCUUCAACACUACUUUGAUAAGGAGACUCUCAUCAAAGCUACUUCAAUGGCAUUGAUACUUGGCACAGAAACCACAACCGUAGCCUUAACAAGGAUCUUAGGAAACCUGCUUAACAAUCAAGAGCUGAUGAAGAAGGUUCAGACCGAGUUAAACGAGCAGGUUGGUAAAGACCGAGUUGUGAGCGAGUCAGACAUAAAGAAGUUGGUCUAUUUCCGAGCAGUUAUCAAAGAGUCAUUCCGGCUAACUCCUUCAGCUGAACUUUUAGUCCCAAGAGAGACCAUGGAAGACUGUAUUGUGGCCGGAUUUCAGAUUCCGGCCGGCACGCAAGUGAUUGUGAAUGUAUGGAAGUUGCACCGUGACUCUGGUGUGUGGUCGGACCCGUUGGAGUUCAGGCCGGAGAGGUUCUUAUCAAGCCAUGAAGCAACAGGGAUUGACGUUAAAGGUCAGAACUAUGAACUUAUUCCGUUUGGAACUGGCCGGAGAUCAUGUCCGGGGAUCUCCAUGGCAUUGCAUGUGAUUCACUUGGCUCUGGCCAGGCUCAUCCAGGCCUUUGAGCUCAGGCCAAUAUUGGACUUGGACUCGGACUCGUGCACGGUGAACUUAGUUCCACGGCUGUCGCCGGAGCUUUACCAGAAACCAUGAUUGAUAUCAUAUUGUUUAUUAUUUCUUUGUUGUCAAAAGUCUGUUAGAAUAUUAAUUGUUUGUUUGUCAUGUAGUGAUUGGUGCUUUAUGAGAUAAAAGAUGACAAAUUGAUUCCUUG